ACAGGUGCAGACAUUAAACAAUUCUUUUCAGCUCUUCACACAUUCACUUAAAAUGGAGUUCAGCUUUGGAUUCAUUCAGACUAGUGGACAUAAGUGCUCCGCGUCAUGGAUCCGUUUGCUCUUUUUUUGUUCAAUGCUGUCCACGUGGACCAGUGUACAGGGCUGGUCUUACUUCCACUCAAGCACAUUUAUGACCUGGGAAGAGGCUAGAACCUGGUGCAGGGACCACUAUACAGACAUGGUGGCAAUCCAGAACCAGGAGGAGAUUGAGCAUCUGAAGAGCUGGCUGAACUUCACAACUGGCUACUACUGGAUUGGGAUCCGCAAGCUCAAUGAUACCUGGACCUGGGUUGGGACCAACAAAGCACUGACACCAGAGGCAACCAACUGGGCAAAGGGUGAGCCAAACAAUGGCAAGGCUAGGGGAAGCAGUGGAAACUCUGAAGAUUGUGUGGAGAUGUACAUCAAAAGAGACAAGGAGGAGGGAAAGUGGAAUGAUGAAUCUUGCCUGAAAAAGAAGACUGCUCUCUGUUACUCAGCUGCCUGCAAGAGUGAUUCAUGUCAGUAUGGGGAGUGUGUUGAGACCAUCAACAGCCACGAAUGCGCUUGUAAUCCAGGUUUUUAUGGAGACAAGUGUGACCAAGUUGUUACGUGUAACAAAGAUGAGGUGAGAGCCCCAGAUAACGGAAAAGUAACUUGCACCCACAAAUACGGAGACUUUGCCUUCGACUCCUCGUGCCAGUAUUCCUGCAAGGAAGGAUUCCAGCUGAGUAUGGCUGGACCUCAGCGGUGCACUGCUACGGGCUCUUGGUCAGAGCAGCCUCCUACAUGUCAAUUGGUUCAGUGUCCCACUCUGACUCGUCCGUCAAGAGGAUCAAUGAAAUGCAACGAUCCUCUGGGAUCCUCCAGCUAUAGAUCCACCUGUGCCUUUGCCUGUAAUGAAGGAUACGUGCUGGACGGUUCCCCAUCUAACACUCUGCAAUGUGAAUCCUCAGGAAGCUGGAAUGCCUCACAGCCGUCUUGUGUUGCCGUCCAGUGCCCUGCUAUCCAAGCUCUGGAGAAUGGGAUUGUCAGACGUGAAGCAGAUGAGAGUUUCAGCUAUGGAAAGACCUGCACCUUCAGCUGUGCCCCUGGUUACAAGCUGGUGGGACCGAACGGGGUCACAUGCACCUCAACAGCCGAGUGGAGUGAGCAGAUGCCUCACUGUGAGGCCGUCACUUGCCAGAUUCCAAAAGGAAAAGCUCAUCUAACCCACCAGUGCAGCAAUUCAGAACUGCGACCAAACUCCAGCUGCAGCUUUAGCUGCGACCACGGCUUUAAACUGCAGGGUGCGCACACCACGAGGUGUUCUGAGGAUGGACAGUGGAGUGAAGACAUACCUGCCUGCAAAGCCGUCCAGUGCCCUGCUAUCCAAGAUCUGGGGAAUGGGAUUGUCAGCUGUGAGGGUGAUGCAGAUGAGAGGUUCAGCUAUGGAAAGACCUGCAGCUUCAGCUGUGCCCCUGGUUACAAGCUGGUGGGACCGAACAGGGUCUCAUGCACCUCAGCAGCCGAGUGGAGCGAAAAGACUCCUCAUUGUGAAGCCAUCACUUGCAAGACUCCAGAAGGAGGAGCUCAUCUCUUCACUGACUGCAGCGAACCUUUGAGCAAACUGUUGAUUAACUCCACCUGCAGUUUCACAUGUGAGCCAGGCUUUGAACUCCAGGGAGUGCAAACCGUUAAGUGUUCAGACGACGGACGUUGGAGUGAAGACAUACCUAGCUGCAAAGCUGUUAGAUGUCUGGUGCUAGAGGAUCCCGAAAGCGGUUCUGUCAACUGCUCAAACGCUGAGCCGCUCUUCAACACACAGUGCACGUUCACAUGUGGUGAAGAUUCCAUAUUAAAAGGAGACAAGAUACGGACCUGUGAUCAUCAUGGGAAUUGGACUGGAGACCAACCCACCUGUGAAGCUGUUUCACCAUCGGCUACAGUCGUUGCCAGCAGUGUGGCAGCAGGAGGCGCUGCUGUGACAUCAGGUCUGGCUCUGGCUCUGUGGCUCCUGAAACGACUUAGGAAGAAAGCGUCCAAAUUUGAGCUGGACAGCAACUCUAACAUAGACACACCUACUGCGGUCUACAAAAGCAGCAUUGACAGCCUCAUAUAGACACACAAUGGUAUAUGUACUGUAUUACCUCCCAGUGGGAGUUUUCUCUUGGACAUAUUGCUCCAUAACUUUUUCGAAAUGCUGGAAAUGGUUGUCUUCAUGUUAUUUUAAUUAUUACAUAGUGUUAUGGGUGGAUAUUUAUGUACUAUUUAUUUUUUUAGAGUGCUUGUGAUUUUUGUUUCACAUA